AUGCAGGAUCUUGAGACUCUCAGACGCGGCGGCUACAGAAACGCUGGACUCACUGAGUUCACGCUGAGGUGUCCUCUGGCCACCUUCCCCGAAGAAAUCCUCGAACUUGGCGAUACACUCAAGAUGCUUGAUCUCUGUGAGACUGGACUGGCCACGCUUCCCGCGACACUGGGCUCCGCUCUGCCGAAUCUGGAGACCGCCUGCUUCACCAACUGCAACUUCACCGUCUUUCCGGAAGCAGCGCUUGGGUCAUGUCCCAACCUCGUGAGCGUGGCCUUCCAAAACAAUGAGAUGGAGGAGAUUCCCGAGGAUGCUCUCUGUCCAAGCCUCGUGGACAUAGACCUCACCGAUAACUGUCUCACCCGCCUCCCCUCCACUAUCGGGAGAUGCGUCCGCCUGGAGACGUGUUACUUCGGCGGCAACCAGCUCCAAGACUUACCGCCAGAGAUGGCGCAAUGCGGAGCACUCCGGGAGCUCCGUCUCAGCUUCAACCGUCUCUCUGCCCUUCCUCCAUGGCUCUUUGAGCUCAGGAACCUAACCCACCUCUCUUUCGCCAGAAAUCCCUACGUCUUGGGCAUCAGCAACGGCGUCCACACUCCCCCGGCUGACAUCGCUUGGUCUGAUCUCGACGUGACGAGGGAGCAAAUCUCAGAUACCUUCCGAGGUAUCUGGCACCAACCCCACCACGGCGACAGGGAAGUCUCCAUCAAGCUCUUCGACGACUUGGCCACCGAUGUCCACGGCUGCCCGGCAGCCGAGAUGGAGGCAUGGGUCGCACUCCAGCCAUGCCCCACGGCCGCACGCGACAGCCUGCCCACAGUGAUCGGACGCAUCCAGGGGCAUCCAGAAGAGGACCGUACCACAUUCCAUGGUGGCAUUGUAACCGAGCCCAUACCGGACCGCUUUUGGCUUUCACGCAUGAUACCCACGCGAAGAGCGCUGCAGAUGCUAACCGGCCUCGCCAACGCCAUGGCCCACCUCCAUGCGCGCGGCAUCGCGCACGGCCAUGUAGUCUCAGAAUGCAUCUUUGCCAACACCGGCGACGCACAUGCGGUGCUGGGCAACUUCUCGUCUUCGACAGUCUAUGGUCUCGGGCUGCCACAGGGGCAGCGGAGGUCGAUUGAGAAGCUCGAGGUGCGGGCUUUUGGAUUGCUGAUAGAGAAGUUACGGCGGCACCUUGAUGUGCGAGACGAACCGGCGGUGUGGAUCGCUUUGGGGGGGUUGCAAUCACUGUGUGCGAAUCAGCCGGUCAAUGAUAGACCAACGUUUGCCAGGGUGGUAGAGUGGUUGGAGGAGAUGCGGUCCUAG